AUGACACGCAGUGGGUCAAAAUUUCAUGACGACAGAAGCUCCCAGAGAAUGAAACGAGACGAAACUGAUGUCAAUAAGUUUGAAAAGCAAAUCCAACGGUUCAAUCCAUUCAACCGUCAAGGAGAUGAACUUGUAUGCAUUUCCGCCAACAAUGUUGCUCGUGAUGACAUCACACAGGAUCUAUUGACAUCUCCAAAACGUGGUACAGAACUGCUAAAUGUCUUCGUAGAAAACCGUUUGCUUCCAGUUACCAAGUAUCGCACGAACAAAAAGGAAACGAGAAAUGAAAUAACCUCUACUGAGAUGGGAAAUACAGUACGCUCUAACGAUAAAGGAAGUACAGACCGUGUCUCCACAGCUUCGACCUUUGCUGGAGGCGAGGUGACGUGUGAGUGUGGCGAGGCGUCGUCGGCAGGUAGCGUAGCGACGUCGUUAGGUGGCGAGGAGACUGGCGCUGGUGGCAAGGAGACUGGCGCUGGAGGCGAGGAGACUGGCGCUGGUGGCGAGGAGACUGGCGCUGAUGGCGAGGAGAAUGGCACUGGUGGCGAGGAAACCUGCGCUGGUGGCGAGGAGAGUUUUAGAGGUUCCGGAUCGUUAGGGUCACCAACUCCGGGAAUAUUACCAAUGAGGGCACAAGCGAAUCUAGUGGGCGCUCUUACCACAUUAGACCAACCAAUGAAAUAA